ACUGGACUAAUACACUUGUUGCCAAGAUUUCAUGGCCUUGCAGGUGAAGAUCCGCACAAGCACCUCAAGGAGUUCCAUAUUGUUUGUUCAACUAUGAGGCCACAAGGUGUGCCUGAGGAGCAUGUCAAGUUAAAGGCUUUUCCAUUCUCUCUGAUGGAUGCAGCCAAGGAUUGGCUCUACUAUCUCCCUCCAGGAUCUAUUGCUAGUUGGGACAACUUGAAGAGACUUAUCCUGGAGAAAUUUUUUCCAGCAUCAAGAGCUGCGUCCAUAAGAAAGGAAAUAUGUGGGAUAAGGCAACUUGAAAGAGAGACCCUCUAUGAAUAUUGGGAAAGAUUCAAGAGGUUGUGUGCUAGCUGCCCUCAUCACCAAAUUAGUGAUCAAUUGCUCAUACAGUACUUCUAUGAAGGACUGCACCCUAUGGACCGAAGCAUGAUAGACGCCGCAAGUGGAGGGGCGUUGGUUGACAAAACUCCAAUUGCAACCCGGAAUUUGAUAGAGAAUAUGGCUGCCAACUCACAACAAUUUGCAACAAGGCAAAAUUCUUGUGUUACCAGAAAUGUGAGUGAAGUUCAAGUUGCUAAGUCUAGUAAAAUAGAACACAAGCUUGAUGAAUUGGCAUCCAUGGUGAAGCAAUUGGCUUCCAUGCAAAAGAGUGUUGCUGCAUCCUCAUCUGCUCCGCCACCCAUUCUAGCCAUGUUGUGUGGUAUUUGCUCAGUUACAGACCAUUACACUGAUAGCUGUCCUACACUACAAGAGUCUGAUACUUUAGAAGGUAAUCCUCAGGCCUAUGCUGCAAAUAUUUACACUAAUAAAUUUCCUUUUCCAAAUUCGCAGCAGCAGCCCAAUUGGGAUCUAUCUUCCAAUAGAUAUAACCCAGGCUGGAGGAACCAUCCAAAUUUGAGAUGGGAGAAAAAUGAACCAUCACUGGAGGAGCUCAUGAAGCAAUUGACCAUGAACAACAUCACUUUCCAGCAAAGAACCGAGGCUAGUAUUAAGACUUUGGAGAACCAAAUGGGACAACUAGCCUCAUCUCUGAACCAGAUGCAAUCUCAAGGUUCAGGAAACCUCCCUGCACAAACUGUAGCAAAUCCUAAAAAUGUGAGUGCAAUCACUCUGAGGUCUGGAAAAGUGAUGCAAGAACCCACAGUGUCCAAAGAGAAAGGAGACCCAAAAUGUGCUCCAUCUACAGUUGAUCUAAAUGGAGAGGAAAAGGUUCAAGAACAACCAGAACCUACAUCUGCCCAACCAAAGGCGGCAGAAAAUGUUGAUAGGCCAAUUCCUCUACCAUUUCCUCAGAGAGUUAUCCAACCAAGCAAGAAGAUUGAAGAGGCUGAGAAAGAGAUCCUUGAGACCUUCCGAAAGGUAGAGGUGAACAUACCUCUACUAGAUGCAAUCAAGCAAAUACCCAAGUACGCCAAGUUCUUGAAAGACUUAUGCACCCAUAGGAGGCGUCUUAAGGGUAAUGAGAAGGUAAAUAUGGGUAGGAAUGUUUCUGCACUCUUUGAAAAACAAAGGUCCACAAUGCCUGAGAAAUGUAAGGACCCAGGAACAUUCACUAUCCCAUGCAUUAUUGGUAAUAAUAUGAUUGAGAAUGCCAUGCUAGAUUUAGGAGCAUCUAUAAAUGUCAUGCCAUUGUCUAUUUUUACUUCACUAUCUCUUGGCCCUCUGCAGCCAACAGGUGUGGUUAUUCAGUUAGCCAACAGAAGCAUAACAAACCCAGCUGGGAUUGUUGAAGAUGUAUUAGUCAGAAUGAAUGAUCUCAUCUUCCCAGCUGACUUUUACAUUUUGGACAUGCAAGAGGGAGAAUCAGUGAAAGGUGCGGCACCAAUCAUUUUGGGAAGACCGUUCUUGAAGACUGCAAGAACGAAAAUUGAUGUGCACGCUGGGACGCUCACUAUGGAGUUUGGAGACAGCAUUGUGCGCUUCAACAUUUUGGACGCCAUGAAGCAUCCAUUGGAAGAACACUCUGUUUUCCAAAUUGAUUUGCUGGAUGAUUUGAUAGAUGAUCAAUGUUCUGAUGCCAAGUCACUCCCCUCUGUGGAGCAAUCUCCUACACUAGAGCUUAAACCAUUGCCAGAGCAUUUGAAAUAUGUCUAUUUAGAGGAAAAUGAGAAGCUUCCAGUGAUAAUCUCCACUAAGCUGAAUAUCAAUCAAGAGGAGGAGCUCCUAGAAGUGAUAAGGAGGCACAAGAAGGCUAUAGGCUGGACGCUUGCCGAUAUUCCUGGAAUUAGCCCCUCUCUUUGUAUGCACAGAAUAUUAUUGGAGGAGGGUGCUAAACCAGUGAGACAGCCUCAAAGGAGGGUAAAUCCCAUCAUUUUAGAUGUGGUGAAGAAAGAAGUCACCAAGUUGCUGCAAGCUGGGAUUAUCUAUCCUAUAUCUGAUAGCACUUGGGUCAGCCCGGUCCAAGUAGUUCCCAAGAAAUCUGGACUCACUGUGGUAAAGAAUGAAAAAGAUGAGUUAAUACCAACCAGAGUCCAGAACAGUUGGAGAGUCUGUAUAGACUACCGGAGACUUAACCAAGCGACCCGGAAGGAUCACUUCCCAUUGCCUUUCAUUGACCAGAUGUUGGAAAGGUUGGCUGGUAAGUCUCACUAUUGUUUCCUUGAUGGUUUUUCCGGUUAUUUUCAAAUUUGUAUAGCACCUGAAGACCAGGAAAAAACCACUUUUACAUGUCCUUUUGGCACUUUUGCCUAUAGGAGAAUGCCGUUUGGCUUGUGCAAUGCUCCAGGCACAUUUCAAAGAUGCAUGCUCAGUAUUUUUUCUGAUUUAGUGGAGCAUUGCAUAGAAGUCUUUAUGGAUGACUUUACUGUAUAUGGUCCAUCUUUUUCUGCAUGUUUGGUUAAUUUGGAAAAAGGAAUUGAAGUAGAUCCCGCAAAACUUGAUGUUAUUGCACAACUACCUUACCCCUCUUGUGUUCGAGAGGUUCGUGCUUUUCUUGGUCAUGCAGGGUUCUACAGGAGAUUCAUUAAGAACUUCUCCAAAAUUGCCAUUCCCUUGUCUAAGCUUUUGCAAAAGGAGGCUGAGUUCAAUUUUGAUGAAAAGUGCAAGGAAGCAUUUAAUAUGCUUAAGGAAGCCCUGACUACCACACCCAUCAUCCAACCUCCAGAUUGGACCACACCAUUUGAAUUAAUAUGUGAUGCAUCCAAUUUUGCAGUGGGGGCUGCAUUGACUCAGAGGGUUGGUAAGUUUCCUCACAUCAUUUAUUAUGCUUCUAGAACUUUGGAUCAAGCACAAUGUAAUUAUACCACAACUGAAAAAGAAUUGUUGGCCAUUGUUUUUGCAUUGGAUAAGUUUAGAUCAUAUCUGUUAGGGUCAAAAGUUGUGGUUUUUACUGAUCAUUCUGCUUUGAAGUAUUUACUGAGAAAGACAGAUUCUAAGCCUAGGCUUAUAAGAUGGAUGCUUCUACUUCAAGAGUUUGAUCUGGAGAUCAAGGAUAGAAGCGGAACCCAAAAUCUGGUAGCUGACCACCUGAGUAGGAUAGAGGGAGUUCCUAACCCUAUUCCAAUUUUAGAUGAUUUUCCUGAUGAACAACUCUUAGAGUUGUAUGCUUCACAGACACCUUGGUACGCUGAUAUUGUUAACUUUCUUGCUGCAGGAGUUUUUCCAACAGAUGCACCAAAAGCCAAAAAGGAUAAGAUAAGGAGUGAUGCCAAACACUAUGUUUGGGAUGACCCUUAUUUAUGGAAAUUCUGCAGUGACCAAGUUAUUAGAAGAUGUGUGCCUGAUGAAGAGAUCUGUGAAAGAUGCCAGAGAGCAGGCGGAGUAAUUACCUGGAGACAGGAGAUGCCCCAGCAAUCCAUCCUGUAUUGUGACAUCUUUGAUGUCUGGGGUAUCGAUUUUAUGGGACCAUUCCCUUCCUCUUUUGGUUUUCUGUAUAUACUUCUUGCUGUUGAUUAUGUCUCAAAAUGGGUGGAAGCUAAAGCCACCAGGACUAAUGAUGCUAAAGUUGUUGCAGAUUUUGUCCGUAGCAACUUGUUUUGUAGGUUUGGAAUUCCUAGAGCCAUCAUUAGUGAUCAAGGAAGUCAUUUCUGCAAUAGGACUAUGGAAGUCUUAUUGAAGAAAUAUGGAGUUGUGCACAAAGUUUCCACUGCCUAUCACCCACAAACAAAUGGGCAGGCUGAGCUCUCCAAUAGGGAA